CAAUUUGUAUGAGUAUAAGUUUUGAAAUCCAGAAGAAUGGAAGAAGCCGUAUAUGAUAAUCCGUAUUAAAUUUGAAAUAAAAUUGUUUGAAAAAAAUCUAAAACAACGAUUGUUAAUGAUACGCUCGGCGUUGUUGGUGAGAGAGGCAGUUUGUCUACGACAAUGGCAGAUGGUUGGGUGAGAUACCAAAACAUAGAUUGAUAUCUCUCAAACGCCGGAGAUAUCAAAAUACCAUUAUCUGAAAAAAGAGUUGCAAUGUCAUAAAAAAUGUCAGAAAAGAUCAUUUGGAAUCUUAUUUAGAUUUUACAAAAAACAAAGAAAGUAAGGCAAUCUUAUUUACCUAGGAUCUUCAUUAAAAUGAUUUUUUUAUUUAUUUUCUUGAGGGAUCUAUUGGACAAUGGCUGAGAUGCAGGCAGAGCAUUACAUCAACCACCUACGAAAUUAGGAUUCAAGAUACGAGAGAACAUCAUGCAAAUCUCAGCCGCCGAGGUUAUACCUCAUUAAUAUAUAGUGGUGAUCAUGACAUGUUUAUUCCAUUCCAAUCAACGGAAGCAUGGAUUAAAUCCUUGAAUUACAGCAUCACCGACGACUGGAGACAGUGGAUCGUUAAUAGUCAAAUUGCCGGUUACACGAGAUCUUACUCCAACGGAAUGACAUUUGCAACCGUCAAGGGGGCAGGGCAUGUGGCAUUUGCGUACAAACGAGAAGAAUGUGUUGCAAUGCUAACAAGAUGGUUAUCCCACCACCCGCUUUAGUUAACUUAUUUAAUCCAAUCCGCCCGGCCAUGGAAUGUAAUUGCCAAAUUUUAAUCCACGCUCUUAAUAAUAAUUUUACAUAUAUAGUGAUAUAUCAAUAAAUAAAACACCAUUACAAUUCAUCAAACGGUCGGAUUUUUUUUUUGAAAUGAAUAAUGAUUUGCUUUGUAAAAUCCAUUCACGAACACGUAUUUUAUGUUUGUAAUUCGAGUGACAUCGACUAUUCUAUAUGAUUGAAUUUAUUUAUGCGAGACGGAAAUUUUAAUAAUCGUUGUAUAGAGUU